UGUCGCCGCGGCGACGCGGGCGUGGGAGGACCCGGAUGUGCCCCGGUCCCAACAUGGCGGCGGCGGCGGCCGACACUUUGACCGGAGGACCCGGAAUGCGGAGCUGAGGCAGAAUUUUCCCCUCGGCGGAAGGAGCGCGUCCCGGGCCAUGUUCUCCAAGAAGAAGAAGCGGGUGGAGAUCUCGGCGCCGUCCAACUUCGAGCACCGCGUGCACACGGGCUACGACGCCUCGGAGCAGCGCUUCACGGGGCUGCCCCGCCAGUGGCAGGGGCUGCUCGAGGAGUCCGCCCGGCGCCCCAAGCCCCUCGUGGACCCCGCCUGCAUCACCGCCAUCCGCGGGGCCCACAAGCCCAUCGUGCGCGGCUCCAAGGGGACGCGGGAUGGGACCCCCGGGGGCCGGGACAGGACCCUGGCGUGGCUCCUGGACGAGCUGGCCGCCGUCUCCGUGUCCCGCUCCAACUCCCUGCGCCGGGACAGCCCCCCCUGCCCCGCCCGGCACCCCCCGGAGAACGGCCUGACCCCGGGACCCCCCCCGCUCCCGCCCGGAGCCCGCCAAGAGCCGCCGCGGGGACCCCGAGCCGAGCCCCCCCGCGUGUCCCACGAGCAGUUCCGGGCGGCGCUGCAGAUGGUGGUGGACCCCGGCGACCCCCGCACCUACCUGGACAACUUCAUCAAGAUCGGCGAGGGCUCCACGGGCGUGGUGUGCAUCGCCACCGUGCGCGGCUCCGGCAAGCUGGUGGCCGUCAAAAAGAUGGACCUGCGCAAGCAGCAGCGGCGGGAGCUGCUCUUCAACGAGGUGGUGAUCAUGAGGGACCACCAGCACGAGAACGUGGUGGAGAUGUACAACAGUUACCUGGUGGGCGACGAGCUCUGGGUGGUCAUGGAGUUCCUGGAGGGCGGCGCCCUGACGGACAUCGUCACGCACACCAGGAUGUCCGAGGAGCAGAUCGCGGCCGUGUGCCGCUCGGUGCUGCGGGCGCUCGCCGUGCUCCACGCCCAGGGCGUCAUCCACCGCGACAUCAAGAGCGACUCCAUCCUCCUCACGCACGACGGGCGGGUGAAACUCUCGGAUUUCGGGUUCUGCGCCCAAGUGAACAAGGACGUGCCGCGGCGCAAGUCCCUGGUGGGGACGCCCUACUGGAUGGCCCCCGAGCUCAUCUCCCGCCUGCCCUACGGCCCAGAGGUGGACAUCUGGUCUCUGGGAGUGAUGGUCAUCGAGAUGGUGGAUGGGGAACCCCCUUACUUCAACGAGCCCCCCCUCAAAGCCAUGAAGCUGAUCCGGGACAACCUUCCCCCCCGGCUCAAGAACGGCCACAAGGUGUCCCCGUCCCUGAAGGGGUUCCUGGAGCGGAUGCUGGUGCGGGACCCGGCGCAGCGGGCCAGCGCCCCCGAGCUGCUGCGCCACCCCUUCCUGGGCGUGGCGGGGCCCCCCGCCUGCAUCGUGCCCCUCAUGCGGCAGCACCGCCUGCGCUGAGACCCCUCCCCACCGCGGGGGAGACCCCGGCCCCCUCCUGCUCCUCCUGCUCGGCGGCACCCCCGAACCGGAGCGGGACCGGGGUGUUCUGGGGGGACGCCGGCCCCCCAACCUGUACUACUGAGCUGGGGACCCCACAGCAGAGAUUUUGGGGGGAUGGGAAGGGGUGGCUGUCCUCCCAGAGAUCUGGGGGUGCACGGGCUCAUCCUGGUCCCUCCCGCCCUUGGGACCCAUUUUGGGGCAUUUCCCCCUUUUUUUGGGUUUUUUUUUUUUAGCCUUCUCUUUUCUACCCACUUUGGGCACUGGGGUAUGGCCCCCCUACAUCUCCGUGAGAGGGGGGGUCCCCAAAACUACAGCCCCCCACCUUUCCCCACCACACCACACUACUGACUGGGGGUGUGUCCCCCCCCCCGGGCCUUCCUCGCCUGUUUUUGUUGAUUUUGGGGUUUUUUUUGGUUGGUUCCUCCCCCCUGCAACUCCCCCCUGCACCCCCGGGUUUGUUUUUUAACAAAGUGAUAUUUAUAUGGUCGGGUUUUGUACCGCGCGGGAUGGGGGGGCCCGGGGGGACACGGGGCCCCCCCCAGAUUACACGUGUCCUUUUGGA